AUGGCAUCUCCCUUUACGAUCCAUAUUGGUCCUAGUGACACUGGAUUGUGGAGGAUUCAACAAACUGAAGCAGCAGCAAAGUGCACCUCGCGGCUGCUCCAGCACGAUAUUGAUAACUAUCAUGUUUUCUUCAACGACGAAGGCUUUCAUAACCAUGCGUCCCACCUCAUUCUGGCUUUGUACGGCACCGGGGCUGCAGAACAAACGAUCGAACGAGCCGACGCCGAGUCGAAUACGUACCGUAUACCAGUGAAACGUCUCCGCGAGGACGUUGAAGAUAAACUAGAUGAUUGGUGGCAAGCCAAGCGUUUUCUAGGAAAGCCCGUUUACUAUUCAAACUGGUUACAUUUCUACCAGAAGAAGAUGGAAGAAAUGGGCUGGAAAGCGGUGCUGCAAAAGUACCUAUUCAAUGACAACGAAAGAGGAAUCGACUUGUCAACGAGGAUGUAUAGCAGCUUUGUCCAUCCACUGAUUCAGUUAAUGUAUGGCAUCGAAUGGGAGCAGCCUGCUCUCAUAGCAAUGGGUUUGGCCCAAGCGUCCGUCCACCCAGACGACCUGAAACCUAUGCUCACUGCAGCCGAUACCGAGGCUAAUUCAGAACCAGACCCUUCAUCACCGCUGCCCAGUAUCCUUGAUCUUGUGGAGGCGAUACGAAAUGAUGAGCAUCUGACCAAUUUAGCACCUCCGGAUUUAGUCGACGAUAUCAGUGAAAGAUUGUUUCCGUUGGCUUGGGACCGCAUUCUCUAUUACCUCGCAAAAGUGCGAGUCAAUCCAGAAGAAAUUGGUGUGAAAACGGCAGAGAUGUACAGUACUGUCGUCUACACGGCAGCUGCUGCGGCCAUUCGACCACCAAAGGAACCUAGGUUUGACUUUGUAUUCGUACAUCACAUCAAUGCAUCUCCAAUGCAGGUAUUCAUAAAUGAAAAGUUAUGGAUUCCAGAUACCGUCAAGGGUCGGUGGCUGGAAUGGAAGAUUCGUCUUUUUCUCAUUGAGUAUAUUGCUCGCGGGUGCCCACCACUUGCCAAAGAUUAUUUGGACCAGUACAUGGCUACAAGCAGCAAACCAACUUCAAAAGGUCAGCCUCAUUUCCUCAUCUCUGCAAAGCCAAAAUAUCUGGUAAAAAGCGUUCAACUCCGAUUUUACGACUCUGAUUAUGAUGUAGAGUAUCGAGUUCGCCAUGCUCAAACCGCAAAGGACGAUGGUCAUAUCAUCAAACUAAUUCGCGCCCUUCGUAUUGGCCAAAUGGCCUGUCGAGGCUACGAACAGAGGCCUGGUAUACAUAUCAAGGGCGACGAAGCAUGGGACCGCAUUGAGCAACUUGUCAUCGAUUCAAUCGGAACCGGUGGAGAUUUCUCAAACAAGUGGGUAUUGAACACUGGAUUUGAGGAAGCUUGGAAGGUCAAUCAUAUUCUAUCUAGGCUCAAUACCGAGCUGACCAAUUUUCUAGACUAUACCUGA